AUGGUAUUGGCCAAGGACUGGGUGCACCUUCGGAGAGCGGAUCCUGCCUAUAAGAAAGGGGCUACAGAUUUUGUGAGAGUUGUUAGUACAGCUUUGGGAGAUGCCAAUUUGAUUAUAUGUCCAUGUGUUGACUGUCGCAACCUAGCUCGUCACUUAGGCAGUACUGUAGUCGAUCAUCUAGUAAUGAAGGGCAUGGAUGAGGCUUACAAGAUUCGAACUGAUUGGUUUUAUCAUGAAGUAAUUAACUCAGCUGGUGAAGGUGAAAAGAAAGAGAAGCAGUGGAAUGAUGAGGUUUUUGAAUUGUAUGAAGCUGCAGCUUGUUUAGAUCAAGAUUUUGUUAGUAAGGGUAAUUUCGAUAACAUUGACGAGGAUGAUCCUACUAAGAAGGGAGAUGAAUUCUUAUCAAGACUAGCGGAUGCUGAACAACCACUGUACUCAGGAUGUACAAAUCAUAGCAAGUUGUCAGCUAUAGUAUCCUUGUUCAGACUUAAGACUCAAAAUGGAUGGUCUGACAAGAGCUUCAACGAGCUGCUAGCAACAUUGAAGGACAUGUUACCCAGUGAGAACGUGCUUCACUCCUCAUUGUACGAUGUGAAGAAGUUUUUCAAAUCCUUUGAUAUGGGUUAUCAAAGGAUUCACGCAUAUGUUAAUGACUGCUGCUUGUUUAGAAACAAGUAUAAGAAGCUUGAUAAGUGUCCAAAAUGCAAAGCCUCAAGAUGGAAGACCAACAUGCAAACAGGUGCAGUAAAAAAAGGUGUGCCACAGAAGAUAUUGCGCUAUUUUCCGGUAAUCCCUCGACUGAAGAGGAUGUUCCGAUCCGAGCAAAUGGCAAAAGAUCUAAGGUGGCAUUUCAACAACAAAAGCACUGAUGGAAAACUGAGACACCCUGUAGAUUCUGUCACAUGGUCUCAGAUGGAUGACAAAUAUCCAUCCUUUGCAGCUGAAGAGAGGAACAUGCGUCUGGGACUCUCAACUGAUGGAUUCAAUCCAUUCAAUAUGAAAAAUACCAAUUACAGCUGUUGGCCUGUUCUGUUAGUCAACUAUAACUUGCCUCCUCAUUUAUGUAUGAGGAAGGAUAACAUAAUGCUUUCCCUGUUGAUACCUGGUCCACAACAGCCAGGGAAUAGCAUAGAUAUCUACUUAGAACCAUUGAUAGAUGAUCUCAACCAGCUGUGGAUGAAGGGAGAGUUAGUGUAUGACGCGUACAGUAAAUCAAAUUUUACUCUUAGAGCAAUGUUGCUUUGGACGAUCAGUGACUUUCCAGCCUAUGGGAAUCUAGCUGGAUGCAAAGUGAAAGGCAAGUUGGGUUGUCCAAUGUGUGGAAAAAACACCGACAAUAUGUGGCUUAAGCAUAGCAGAAAGCAUGUCUAUAUGUGUCACAGAAAACAUCUACCACCAGAUCAAAGUUUCCGUGGAAAGAAGACGUGGUUUGAUGGAAAGAUUGAGAAUAGGAGAAAGAGUCGUAUUUUAACUGGUCAAGAAAUUUAUCAAAACCUUAGGAAUUUCAGAAAUGAAUUUGGGAAUUUGAAAAAAUCUGCAAGGAAGAGAAAAAGGUCUGAUUGUACUCAACCUAGUUCUGAUACUGAGGAUGAAUACAGUGAAUCAGAAGAUGAGGAAGAGGAAGAAGUGGAAGUGGAUGCAGAGGAGUUAUCCAGAUGGAAGAAAAGAUCAAUUUUUUUCAGUCUACAAUAUUGGGAGGAGCUUCCAGUAAGGCAUAACCUAGAUGUUAUGCAUGUGGAGAGAAAUGUGGCUGCAAGUAUCAUUGCUACUUUAUUGCAAGGUGGGAAGUCGAAAGACGGUCUAGCUGCUCGUAAAGAUUUGGAGGAGCUUGGUCUGAGGAAGGACUUACACGCUAAACUUAUUGGGAAACGAACAUACCUUCCUCCAUCACCUUGCAACCUGUCCAAGACUGAGAAGAUUACUUUCUGUAAGCGUUUGUCUGACUUUCAAGGCCCAGAUGGAUACUGCUCAAACAUUUCGAGAUGUGUCUCAUUAGAGGACUGUAUGAUUGGAGGGUUAAAAUCACAUGACUAUCAUGUGUUGAUGCAGCAGCUCCUGCCAAUUGCGAUAAGAGGGCUGUUACCAAAAGGUCCUAGAGUGGCUAUCACACGACUAUGUGCAUUUUUCAACCACUUAUGUCAGCGUGUAAUUGAUAUGGAGCAAAUCUUAGAAAUGGAGGCUGAGAUCGUCGAAACUCUAUGUCUGUUUGAAAGAUAUUUUCCUCCAACCUUCUUUGACAUCAUGAUUCAUUUGACAAUGCAUCUUGGACGGGAAGCUCGGCUAGGUGGACCAGUCCAUUUUAGAUGGAUGUACCCAUUUGAAAGGUACAUGAAAGUUCUAAAAGAUUUUGUGAGAAAUCAUGCAAAGCCUGAAGGGUGUAUUGCUGAAUCAUACCUAGCUGAUGAAUGCAUGAAGAUUUGUGCUGAUUUCUUGAAAAAAACAACAAGUGUGGAGGAAAAACUGGAUAGAAACACUGAGUACGAGAACAAUGCAAUCUUGGAAGGUCGUCCAAUCUCUACAGGCAAAUCAUUUGAUCUUACCGAAAUGGAUAAAAAUAUUGCUCAUCUUGCUGUCAUCCAGAAUAUGGCUGUUGUAGAACCGUUUGUAGAUGAGCACCUGCAGUAUCUUCAGGCAACUAAUGGAAGAUGUAGACGAGAUGGAUCAUUCUUAUGGAGUAUGCAUACUCAGAAUUUUGCGGCUUGGCUAAAAGAACAGAUAUCUCUUGAUUCAACAGAACAUGGGGAAACACUUAAGUGGUUAGCAUAUGGUCCACGUAGCUCUGCUAGGUCAUAUACAGGUUACAUAGUGAAUGGCCAGAGGUUUCGAACAAUAUCAGUAGAUAGAAAAAGUCAGAAUAGUGGGGUGUUAUAUGAGCCUUUAUCAGUAUGUAGAUCUAGUGCGAAAGACAGUAACCAAGUUUCUGCUGAGGUCUCCUACUAUGGCAGGAUAACUGACAUUGUAUUAAUGGAUUACAAUGUCUUUUAUGUUCCGUUAUUCCGGUGUCAAUGGGCAGUGUUAGGGAAUGGAGUGAAGAUGGACGAUGGUUUCACGCUAGUAAAUUUAAAUCAUAGUCAAGUUUCGUUUCAGAAGGACCCAUACAUAUUAGCCUCUCAAGCCAAGCAAAUAUUCUACUCUAGGGAAGACGAGUCAUCAAGUUGGCAUGUUGUCAUGAGAUGGUCUUCAAGAAGAUAUUCUGAUGAAGACAAGAUUGCAGAAAUUAGUCCACUACCAUCAAAUCUUCAGCUGGAUAUUGACAUAGAUGAAGCUGAAAAUGCUCGGAGUGAUUGUGAAGGAAUAUAUGUGUGA